GUAGUUUCAAGUUUCAACACGUGCUUUUUGCUUCUUGUGUCAAACUCUCCCUCCCUCUUGGUCAAGAAUCAUCAUGAUGCGUUCCAUUUCUUCCACAAUUCACGCACCACAAUUCCAGAGUUCGUUCUUCCGCAUUUCUUCUCUGGCCAUGACCAUCGAUACUGAUUUCUUGACCAAGAAGAAGAAGCAAGUUUCGGUGCAACUUCCGAGUUUGACAUCACCUGUCUCCACUGUGAGGUUCUGCGAUCUCAAUUUUGGCCGCUUGCAACCUUCGGAUGACGAAUUGGAUCCUCACAAUAGAUUUGAGUUUGGCAAUUUCGUUGCACGACAAGCCCUGCUUCACGAAGAGUAUUGGACAGCAGCGUGGCUAAGGGCAGAAGAGUGGGCAAGUCGAACACAUAAACUAUAUGUUGUUAAUCACAAGAGGAAUUUUGCUGAUCAGGAAUUUGAUGCGAUAAAAAAGCGGUGCAAGGAGCAACAAGACGGUCAGAGUAGCACAUGCAUCAUCACGGUGAGGAAGCAGGACAAGAAUGUAAAACGUUCAAUAAUAAGCAGUGUUGUAGGAACCCUUGAUUUGAAUAUCCGAUAUUUGCGGCUAGGGGAGACCUUUCCUGGGGAACCGGUGGAUGCUCCUCGUUUUUGUAAAAUCGAACGAACACCAUCAAGCAGAUAUGGUUAUAUUGCAAACUUGUGUGUUGCCAAAUCAGUUCGUCGCAAGGGUAUUGCCAGCAACAUGUUGUAUUUUGCUGUGGAGUCUGCAAAAUCUAGUGGUGUGGCACAUGUGUAUGUGCAUGUGGACAGAAACAAUAAACCUGCCCAAAUAUUGUACCAAAACUUGGGGUUUGAGGUAGUUAACAUGGCAAGCCCCCUGUUGUUGAAAAGUCAAACAUACUUGCUUUGCUUACAGAUGUAGUGCACAAAAGGUAUUGUGCUUCGAUAGAAUAGCUGAACAGUCCUGAAUUCCAAAUUCCUUUACUACUAGAGAUUUUCACAAUUUUAUAUUUUGUUACACACUUGCAUGCUUUCAUCACAGUUUCAACAAUUGAUUCUUCAAUCAACAAUCAUAAAUCUGUACUUUACCGUGUGACAUACAUCUGUUUAGAAGAUUCAACAAAAUA